AGAUAAUUGGCGAGUUGAAUGCAGGCUAUUGACCGAUUACAUGAUAUAAUCAAAACCAUCAUUCAGGCAGUAAUGACAAAUCCAGAUCUCAUGUGGGGUGUCUGGCAUUGGAGAGGACCGGUUUAUAUUGGACUGAAAGGCGACAUUGCUAUAAAAAUGUCUGACAUCAUCUCAGACUGCUUCGGACUGAGAACAACUCAUUUUCAUUGCAGACGGACAGACGGCAGGACGGAUACACGGGUGGGGGCUGUGCUAGGCGGCUCGGCGGCAGGCUGGUGGAAGAUGUCGUUAGGAGCCGGUGGGAGGGGCGGAAGGCGGCUCAGGGGGACAGCGAGCAGCGGGGGUGGAGGAGGGAGAGGAGGAGCAGGAGAGGCGGAGGAAGGUCCUGUGGGGAUCCCUUUCCCUGAACACAGCGCAGACAUCCUGGGCAGCCUGAACAAGCAGCGGCUCAGUGGACUGCUGUGUGACGUGCUCCUGGUUUCCCAAGACCGGGAAUUCCCAGCUCACCGCUCCGUCCUGGCGUCCUGCAGCACCUACUUCCACAAGCUCUUUACUUCAGGGGCAGCUGCCGACCAACAGAACAUCUACAACAUCGACUUUGUGGCAGCAGAGGCUCUGGGAGCUUUGCUGGACUUUGCCUACACAGCCACACUGACAGUCAGUCACAGCAGUGUGGCUGAGAUCCUUGCUGCUGCACGCCUCCUGGAAAUCCCACCUGUCCAGGAUGUCUGUACACACCUGCUGGACACCAAAGUGCUCUCCCCGCCGGCGGGCAGUGAGCGAAAAGAUGAGGAUGAAGAUGAAGAUGGGAAAGGCAAAGGAGGCAGGGAGCAGGGGAACCGGGUGCGGGCCCGGGAGUACCUGGAGUACUUCCAGAGAGGGGCGCACUGGAGCAGCAGCUGCAGCACGCCAGAGCUCAGGGACCUGCCCACGCACCUGCACUUUAAUCACGGUAAUGGGGGCACCCCCAGCAAUGGGGCUCCUGCUGGCCCCAGUGAGUACUACUCCCCCUUGGCUCUUGCCUUGUCCCAGGUCCCUAAACAGGAACCAGAAGACGAAGAUGAUGAUGAAGACGACGAUGAGGAUGGCGAGGCGGCGCAGGGUAAUGGAGGAAGCCUGGGGUCAUCAUACUACCCUUCAUCCCAAAAUGGACACUUCUACCUCCCUCCUGAUUCUAGGCUGGGGCAGGAGCCCGAAGUGGAGGACGGUUGUAGGGAGGCGAUGAUAAGGGAGAGAGGUUCAGCAAGUGCCCUCCUGCAGCAGAUGAUGGACUCCAUCGAGAGGCAGAAGGAGCGUGCAACAACUGGUGAGGAGCACGGAGAUGGAGAUGACCCUGACAUGGAAUUUUACUUGAAUUAUUUUAGUAGUACACAGCAUGAGGAUACAGCUUCGUCUGCUGUAACACAGGGAGUGCAAUCACUCUGGUUAUCACGAGGCAGCACAGGCCAAGACAGAGUAGGAGCAGAGAGGGGGGCUGGAGAUAGAGGCAGCGGGGGUGGAGGAGAACGGAAGAUGCGCUCCAAGGCCUUCCAGAAGUGCCCCAUAUGCUCCAAGGUCAUUCAAGGGGCAGGCAAGCUCCCCCGCCACAUCCGAACGCACACGGGAGAGAAACCCUAUGAAUGCGCCAUCUGCAAAGUGCGCUUUACCAGGCAGGACAAGCUCAAGGUUCAUAUGCGGAAGCAUACAGGAGAGAAGCCUUACCUGUGUACACAAUGUGGAGCUGCCUUUGCUCACAACUACGACCUGAAGAACCACAUGCGUGUACACACUGGCCUGCGCCCCUAUCAGUGCUCGAGCUGCUUUAAGACUUUUGUGCGCUCAGAUCACCUGCACCGCCACCUCAAGAAGGAUGGCUGCAACGGCAUCCCCUCUCGUCGAGGCCGAAAACCUCGCGUGAGAGAGCCAGGGCUCCUCGAGGCCCCCCUGGGCCUGCUUAGCCCCGGCUCCGACACUGGCCCCGGGUCUCAUACCAUCAGGGGAAGGCGGCGAUCUGAGUCAACCUCAGCAGUGGAGGUGGAGGUUGCUGCUGGAGCACAUGCACACAGUCCUCAGCUGCAGGAGCUAGCAGGGGAGGCAGGGCCCUGAGACUGCAGGGAGGACAAGGACACUGCUGGACACCAUAGUCACUCUGCACCGCCUGUAAGACAGGCCAGUGAACAGAGAGGAGAAAAAAAAAAAACAUGCAAAGGCAAUUUAAAAAAAAAAAAAAAAAAACUA